CUAAGCCAGUGCACAUCUACCCCCACCCCCAUCCACAUCCAUCCUGACUCACUAUUUUCUUCUCCGACCUUUUGAUCGCAUCACUUAGACAACCCCUUCCAAACAGCAUCCUAAAAGCAAGAAAAAUGGGCUCCGACCCCAAACCCAAGGUCCUCCUACUGGGCGAAAUCGUCCACGCCCACGAAACAUGGUUCUCCCUCUCCGCGAUCGCAGACCUCAUCCGCCCAAAAGCCACCAACCGCACGGAAUUCCUCGAGGAAUGCCGUUCAGGGAACUUCGACGGCGUCGUGGCCGCCUACCGCACCUUCGAUUCGGCCAAGAUCACCGGUCUCGUGGAUGAAGAGUUAGUCAACGCGCUGCCCAGCUCACUGAUAUACCUCGCCCAUUGCGGAGCCGGCUACGACCAAGUCGACACGCACGCCUGCAGCGCCCGCAGCCCCGCGAUCCGCAUCUCCAACGUGCCUACGGCCGUCGAUGACGCCACGGCAGACGUAAACAUGUUCCUGAUCAUCGGGGCAUUGCGAAACUUCAACGCGGGGAUGCACGCCCUCCGGGAAGGCAAAUGGCGGGGCCAGCCGGCGCCGCGUCUGGGACAUGAUCCGCAAGGCAAGGUGCUCGGGAUCCUGGGUAUGGGGGGCAUUGGCCGCAACCUGAAGAAGAAGGCGGAGGCGUUUGGGAUGAAGGUCGUUUAUCAUAAUCGGCGGAAGCUGAGUGAGGAGUUGGCGGAUGGCGCGACGUAUGUCUCGUUUGACGAGUUGUUGGGGAAGAGUGAUGUGAUCAGUCUGAAUUUGCCGUUGAAUAAACAUACCCGGCAUAUCAUCAGCACGGCGGAAUUUGAGAAGAUGAAGGAUGGAGUGGUCGUGGUGAACACUGCUCGAGGUGCGGUUAUGGAUGAGGAGGCGCUGGUGCGGGCGGUCGAGUCCGGGAAGGUCUAUUCGGCGGGCUUGGAUGUCUUUGAGGACGAGCCGACGGUGCAUCCCGGUCUUGUGCAGAACCCGAAUGUGUUGCUGGUGCCGCAUAUGGGGACAUGGACGGUUGAGACGCAAACCGCCAUGGAGGAAUGGGCAGUCGAGAACGUCCGGCUGGCGCUCGAGACGGGCAAGUUGAAGAGCCCGGUCCCGGAGCAGGCGGAUCUGUGAGCUAUGGUCGCUGAUUAUGGUUAUCGAUAGACGGGGGUGUAUAUACGUGGAAAUUAUGCAAUAGAGAAUGGGGCCAUAUCGAGUUCAUG